ACUGCGCAUGCUCCCUGAACCUCGUGCGUUCAGAAAUCAGUGACUCCGGUCCGGUGGUGUGAGCGAUACAGAACCAGAAUCUGGAGCAAUUUGGGGCUGCGAUGGAGAGUCGGGACCAGAACCGCGACCAGAACCAGGACCAGGACCAGGACCAGAACCGUGACCAGGACAAGGACCAGGACCAGAACCGUGACCACGACCAGGACCAGGACCAGAACCGUGACCAGGACCAGGACCAGAACCGUGACCAGGACCAGGACCAGGACCAGCUCUCCUGCUCUCCUUUUAGGUGGAAGAAGCAGAAACGUAAAGGGAAAGCGAGGUCAAAGGGUCACCGCUGUCUGCUGUGUAGUAAAACCUUCCAGUCAGCUGAGAGGCUGAAGGCCCACCAGAUCGUCCACAGUGAGGAGAGACCACACAUCUGCAGCGACUGCGGCGCCUCCUUCAAGGUGUUGAACUCCCUGAAGCUCCAUCAGCGGAUUCACACCGGAGAGAAACCGUACGGCUGUGUGGAGUGCGGAGCGUCCUUCUCCGUGUCCAGCAGUCUGAAGAAACACCAGCGGCUGCACACGGGGGAGAAACCCUACAAGUGUGAUGAGUGUGGGAAGUGUUUCGCUGAGUCCAGCGCCUUGACGGUCCACAGACGCACACACACGGGUGAGAAACCGUAUCGGUGUGAUGUGUGUGGGAAGGGAUUUAAAACAUUGUCUGAGGUGAAACAGCACCGGAUCCACCACACCGGAGAGAAACCCUUCUGGUGUCACCAGUGUGACAAACGUUUCGUCACCAAGCAGGCUCUCCAGACCCACCAGGUCAUCCACUCGGACCUGAAACCGUUCAUAUGCGGCGAGUGUGGAGAAGCCUUCAAGCUGGCCGUCUCCCUGAGGCGCCACCAACGGGUUCACGCCGGGUAUCAGUGUGACGCCUGCGGGGAGAUAUUCGCCACGGCGCUGAUCCGAGCCAAUCACAAGCGCAGCACAAGUGGCUGGACGUGCUGCAGCGCAACUGGCGUCUCCGGAAGCUCCAGAUGAUGUCCGCCAGACACGGCGUGGUUCCAGGACAGACUGGACCGUCCGCUGGACACGGCGUGGUUCCAGGACAGACCGGACCAUCCGCCGGACACGGCGUGGUUCCAGGACAGACCGGACCGUCCGCUGGACACGGCGUGGUUCCAGGACAGACUGGACCGUCCGCUGGACACGGCGUGGUUCCAGGACAGACUGGACCACCCAGGGAUCUAGCUGUGAAAAGAGACUGGACUGAGUCAUGAACAGAACCGGCCAGCUGCAUCCCAAAGGCUUCAUGUCUGCCGUCUGUCAGCCGGACCAACAGGAACCUGAAGGAAGGUCAGAGGUCAUCUUGUCUUCAGGAAGAUUCUUUUGGUUUUUACUUGAUGAACUUGAAUAAUCUGAUUUCCUGCUGCAAAUAUUGAAGAAGUUAUGUUUCUGUAGUUUUCAGAAUAAAGUUUUUGUUGCAUCAAACGA